AAAUGGAAGAACGCGAUGAAAAUUCCCAAAGGCAGUUAAGGGAAAUGGAACGACGCGAAGAAAACUCUAAAGGGCAGUUAAGGGAGCUGCAGCAACGAGAAGAAAACCUUCAAAGGCAGUUGAUGGAGAUGCAGCAACGUGAAGAAAACUCACAAAGGCAGUUGAGGGAGAUGCAGCAACGCGAAGAAAACUCACAAAGGCAGUUGGUGGAGAUGCAGCAACGCGAAGAAACAUCUCAAAGGCAGCUAAGACAAAAUAGACAGCUGUUGGAGAAUUGCCAAGGACAAGUUAUAGCGCUACGGUCGAGUCUUUUAACAGCUCAGCGGACAAUAAACGAACUGCGUCACCAGGAACCAUGUGAAUGGGUAAUUCCGCGGAAUGAAAUUCAAAUUACAGACAAAUGCCUUGGGAGGGGAGGCUGGGGGAGUGUUUAUGAAGGAACGUAUUGCGGCUGCACUGUAGCAGUUAAGCAAAUACAUGAUCUGAUUGUCUCCCCUCAUAACAUACGUCUUUUUGAGAGAGAAAUGAAUAUUGCAUCCAAAUGUCACUACCCUCACUUGCUUCAGUUUAUCGGCGCUACUAAUGAUGAGGGAAACCCUCUGUUUGUGACCGAGCUCAUGGAAAAGAGUCUGCGAGAUUUGUUGAAGCAGCGGCAACUCUCCGAAAGAGAAAUAGCGGUCAUUUCUCUGGAUGUAGCUUGUGGACUUAACUACCUUCAUCAGAAGAAACCAGCACCCAUCAUUCACCGGGAUGUGAGCAGUGCAAAUGUGUUGCUAUGGCGACAGGGUGACCAGUGGAGAGGGAAAGUGUCAGAUUAUGGCACUGCUAAUUUCAUGCAGCAGACCAUGACAAAGGGUCCUGGAGCUGCGAUUUACAGCGCUCCUGAGGCAUUUACACCAAACCAAACGGUCAAGGUGAGUCUUGAACAAUGAUGUCGGUAGAAAUUAUUUAAGGUUCGGAAGUGGAGUUCAUUUCAGUGGUGUGUUACCACCCCAACCCAAUUUUAAUAGAUAUUAUUAAACUUAGGGAGCUCUGGAUUACAUCCAUCCAGUAUAUGAUGACAUUCCGAUAGAGGAUGAUUUUUCACAAGGUUGUCACGUGAAUUCCUCUUCGUGAAACAGCUUUUCCCGCGGCGCGGUAUGCUCGUGAAAAGAUGAACUUGCCCGUUUUGUAAUCCUUGUGUAAGAGAAUCCGAGUUAAGGUGGCUCGGAUCCAUUUAGGUAUCUGGGAAACUACCCACCUACCCCUCCCCUAACUCAACAUUUUGCCCUAAGUGAGAAAAAAAGUGUUAAUGUUGACUUAGGAGAGGGGUGGGUGGGCAGUUUCAGAGAAACCUAAAUUGAUCCUUGGCUUGACCCCGUAUUUUUGUAGGCUUCCUCUAUCUUUGAACUUCUUUUUGCCUAAACAGCUUGAUAUUUAUUGUAAAUAAAUUAAAACACAAAAAUUUGAGAACUGUAAUAUAAUAUUACUAUUGAAUAUUACGUUAUGAUGACAUCACAAGUCAGUUUUAGCUCUAAAUCGAAUUUGAGCCCUCAUCCCCAUUUUCUCUGGAGAGGCUCCAUACUAGGUGUACCUUCUUCUGUACAAAUCACACUCCCUUCAAAACUAUUUUCUCUGACUUUCCCUACAACAAUCAAACAAACGUUAGAACGACACAAGAUAUAUACGCCAUCAGAACACUGACCUAUGAACUUGAAAAAAAAUAGCCCAGCAAAAAAUAGUCUAAUAACAAAAAAAUUCCAAAAGUAAUUGUAAUAUAAAACAUUUCAAAAAUGUCACUAUUAUGUUUCUGUUAUGUAUAUGUUGCUGUUAAUAGGUCGACAUCUACAGCUUUGGUGUUCUUCUUUGUGAGAUGUACAUCCGGGAACAACCAAAUCCUGAAUGCCGUGAAGAACAAGUCGUGCUUGUACCAAACGAAUUGCUCAGUGACCUGGUUCGGCGAUGCCUAGAGGCAGAUCCUGACACGAGACCAACCAUGCAAGAGAUUAUCGAUGAACUGAAAGACUUCAAUGACACACUUAUCCGCAACAUUUAAAUGGGUUUGAUUAAUGUGUAGAGUAUGUGUCUUCUCAGAUUCUGUCAAAUUACUUUCAUAUUAUUUGGAUUGAAGAAGACAUGACAAUUACUUUACUCCUGAGUCAUUUUUUCUGAAACCUUUAGGAACAGUAAGUUACUAUUUGUACGAAUUGUGACCUUAUCAGAAUUGAAGCUUUUGUUGUGAGAAAAAAAAAUUCAACUCUGUACUAAAACCACCGAAAUGUACAAUUUUAGCUUAUUUUAAAAAUCCAUGACGACAGCCAAAUAAAAUGACGUCACUUCCCCAGCAAUUCAUAUCCAGAAUAUCCAAAUCAUUUCGUAGACUUCAUCAAAGGCUGUCCAGCAAAAGUUUAAUCUUUGCCAAUAGAGAGGAGACGUCCUUACGUCACGUUGCCAUGGUAGCUAAAUUUUUGGAUGACAACAAACCUACAAAGUCACUUGAAAGUCUAUUCGCACUAUUUCAAACUUCACCGAUCUUAUUCAAUUUCAUUUAAUUGCGCAAAUCUUGGCGCAAUCUUCGUUGGGACCGUAUCUAUUGUUAUCUAAGUUUAGAAAAAGAAAGCGACAAUUUUUGUGUUGUGUUCACCUACUCCAUAAAGCGGGCUCGUGAAAU